GAACAGCUUAUAAUUGUUAUUUAAAAAUAGUAAAUGAUGACAUUAUAUCAUCUUAUUUAUAUUACUUAUUUAUGUUUUUAUCAGACAGGCAUAUAGUUUUAAUAAUUAUUAAUAUGAUGUAUAAAUAUUAUUGAAAUAUAUUAUACAUAUUGAUUUAAUAAUGGCUUCAUACUCAUUGUCUUGUAGAUGAUGCAUUUUUACGCAGAAAAAUAGCUGAUUCUACCAACACAGAAGAUAGAACCCGAACAACUGAAGCUAAAAGAGGCCGUUGGGAACAACCAGAAGUUCAACUUCGAGAUAUUGAUGACCGUUGGGAACGAGUUUUAGAACAAGUUGCUAGAUCUCAAAGAGGCGAAACACAGUAUAGUGAUGUCCAAGGAGAUAAAUCAUCUCUUUUAGAUAUACCAAUUGAUCCUAGUAUGUCUUCCAAUAAGCCUCCUGUGCCAGUUAGAACUGCACCUUUGUGGAAUGAAAUGAUGCCACAAUUUAAUCCAUUUAACUUAAUGAAUCCAAUGAAUGUAAUAGAUUCUGCUAUGUUUAUGGGUCAGUAUGGUGUAAUGGGUAAUAUGUUGACUUCACCUCCUUCUAUAAUAGUCAAUCAUACGGCUCCAAGACCAUCGGAAACCAAUGUUGUUCAACCUGAUAAACGUAUAAUACAACUUGAACAAUGUACCUUAUAUCCACCUCCAGCUAAUGCACCAGCGCCAACAUCUAGAGAACGGCCUCCUGGUUGCCGUACGGUAUUUGUUGGCGGAUUACCAGAAAGUAUUACUGAAGAUAUAGUGAAGUCUAUUUUCACUAAUUAUGGAGAAAUAUUAACCAUUCGUUUGAGUAACAGGAAGUUUUGUCAUAUACGUUUUGAAAAUGAAUGUUCUGUGAAUCUUGCAUUAGAAUUAUCAGGAUAUCGUUUAGUGAUGAAAGGUCAGGAGCUAGUAUCUGCUUCACGUUUACAUGUGGAUUAUGCUCAGGCUCGCGAUGAUCAAUAUGAAUGGGAAAUGAAGAAAAGACAUUUAAUGCGUGAAGAAAGACGUCAACAACAAACACGCUCAAACCCCCCUCCAUCCCCUCCAUUAAUUCCACAUUUUACAGAAGCUAAAGCUUUAAGCAUAAGUGAAGAAAUUAAGGCUGAUACAGCUUUUUUAAAUGCUGUACAAGUGGUUAUUACUUGGUUAGAAAGAGGUGACUGUAAUAAGCGUAAUGUUAAUAUUUUCUAUUCAAUUAUCCAAUCUACCAACUCUCAUGUACGACGUUUACUAUCUGAAAAAAACCAGUUUGAGGAAGAACUAAAAAAUUUAAAAGAACUCACAAAGCGCCGUAUGCAAACUAUCCUCUUGCAAUUCACCCAGAUCGAGAAAGUGUUUACUUCUGCAUCACACAAGAAGGUUUGGGAUCAUUUCACAAAGGCGCAAAGAAAGAACAUUGAGACAUGGAAGAAGCAGGCAAUGGCAUUAUCAAAAUUGGGUAUUGAUGAUGAAGAUGAGAUGAUUGGAGGCGAUGAAAUGGAUCUUUCAGAUGAUGAGGGCAAUACAAAGAAGUCGAAAUGUAAAUCUGAUCCUAUUCAAUUACAGGAUGAAAACGACCACUUAAAAUGUGAGCUUGAAGCCUAUAAAAAUGAAAUAAGCAUGAUGAAAGCUAGUCUACAAACUUCUGAUCAAAAAGAUAUACAAAUAAAUUACUUACAACAACAACUAUUGUCUACCCGGCAAGAACUCAAUUCUCUUACAGAAAAGUUAUCUGAUAUUCAAAAAAACAAUCAAGAAAUCACUAACCAUAACCCAAGUGCUACAAAUGAAGAUGAAGUGAUUGAAAUCAAUGAUGAACAAGACGUACAAAUUACUUCAAAUAAUUUUUCGGAACUUCAAUUAAAAUUAUUAAGCAUUAUUUCAAUUUACUUAAAUAUUCAUCCAUUUGGCGCUUGUAUUGAAAACAUUGUAAAUUAUAUUAAAAAUAUUGAUGGCAAUGUAACAAUACGACAAGUAGAAAAUUUGCUUUUAAUAAACAGAAACUUGUUUAAAAGGUUCCAGCAUGAUGAUGAAGAAGUUCGCUGGAAAUUAGUUAGUUUUCAUAAACAUUAGUAAAACAAUUUUUUUUUUUUAUGAAAGUUGUAU